UGACUCCUGCCCUGAUCGCUGCGGCCCUGAUCGGGAAGUGUCAAGCGGGAGCUGGGGUUCCCCCGCCUUCGCCGCUACCACCGCCGAUCCCGGGACGCCAUACCCAGGCCCCGGCCCAGCCGCCAUGACGAACGUGUACUCGCUGGAUGGAAUUCUGGUGUUCGGCUUGCUCUUUGUUUGUACCUGUGCCUACUUCAAGAAGGUACCUCGCCUCAAAACCUGGCUGCUCUCAGAGAAGAAGGGAGUUUGGGGUGUGUUUUACAAAGCCGCUGUGAUUGGAACCAGGCUACAUGCUGCUGUGGCAAUUGCCUGCGUGGUAAUGGCCUUCUACGUCCUGUUUAUAAAAUGAAUUCCAAAGCAUCCAUUUCAUCAGCCGCCAACCAAGGGGACAAGGGUGAAGAAGAUGUUGGGGGCCUGGGCCCAGUGUAGGAGAGUUCAGCUAAAAUCAUCCAAGCCCCCAGGAUGAGACCACCGCAUCUGCCCCUACCGUAUGGUGGGAAAACUCCUCGUGGUUACAAACAUUAUUUAUGCUUCAGGGGACUCCAGGAAGCCACCUUCCUUUGACCUGUGUGUAAAUCAGUCCUCAGCAGAGAGUAUAUAAUGUCCAGACAAAUUACAUCCAUCAGUGAUAUGAUUACAUACCUCCUGCUUAAAAACCUGUCACCGAUUUUAUUCUUCAGCCCCUCAUCGGGAUCUUUUCAAACUGAGGCUCAUUAAGGAAGACCUGUGCUCAAACCUCUUGGAAGGAGGGAUAAUUUUCAAGACUUGACUUUUUUUUUUUUCCUGUUUGAUUUGGAUUUGACAAAUUGCAGGGGGUGGGGGGACUGGGUGGGAAAAAGGAGUUAUACAAAACAAAAAAUUUGGCUUUGGAAAUUUACCUUUCAUAUACGCACCUGGGAACAUGAGGGAGAGGGCAUGAUCCUCACUGCACAAAAGAACAGAUGACACAACUCUGAGUUUUACACGGAGAAUCUGGGCCUGCCUAUGACUUGGAAAUGACCUGUCUGUGAUGAGAGGGGAAAGGAGUAGUGAGAAGGAAACAAUGUUCUAUUCGCCAAUUUUCUCAAAAGGAAACUUUACCCCCAGCACAUGCUAAAUGGAAACUGUGGCUAAUUUCCGAAAGCUUUUAAUAUUACUGAGUGCUCCAUAUUGUCACUCAGUUUUAAAUGCCACCACUAGGGGAAAGAGAAACUAUUGAAGAAAUAAUUGUUUAAUAUAUUUGCAGUGGGGUAGAAGAAAUAAAUAAAUCUAGUAUAUUAGUUCAUAUACUAGUAAAGUCAUCUGGAAUUUAUUGUGAUGUUAGGUGGAAGUUCCGUCAUGUUAUCCAAGAUACAGACUUAGUCUUUGUUUAAAUCUGAGUUAUCAUGACAAUUUUUAGUUGAUUACUCGUGUUUCUUUUUAUUUUUUUUUAUUUUAUUUUUUACUCAUGUUUCUUAACCCACUCUUUAAUUUUCUUCGUAUUGCAAUACUCUUUAGCUAUCUCUUGGAAAUUAGAAGAACAUGAGAAAUUUGAAUAAGUGAGAGAAGUUGUUGACAUUCAUAGACAUGUUUGGACAGUUCACAGAAUCUGUGAAUAAAAUGGGGGUGUUUCCUGAAGUAAAAGAAAACAGAAGUUUGCAGUUGAGAUUGACGGGCUUUUCCAUGGGGUAUGGCAACUCCUGAGCAAAUCAUUUUAGGUGACUGCAUUUGAAGGGAAAACGUCUCCAUUCCCUCAUCUUUAUGCCUGCAAAAGGUCAGCUGUUGCAUUUAUGAAACCUAGAUCUUCUCUAUUAAAAAAGAGAGUUGAUCUAAAAUUAAAUUAUUGUAAAGAGCAAGCAUAGACAUACGUCUAUCAGUUGAAUUGUUCAUUACAGUAAAACUUGACUGUGGACAAGUUGACUGGACAAGUUGACUGUGGCAGUAAACUGUCUUUUGUCUCAUUCCAAAAAGAACAAAAACUGCUAGGAAGUUCAGGUUCUGAAAUAUGAGUUUGGUGCUUUUAAGGGUUCCUAGAAGUAUAGAAAGUCAUCAAGUAAACACUACAUUUCUAAUCAUCUCGGAGUUGUGGCUGUUGUCUUCAGCAAUUGAUCCACAGGGUAAAUUUCAAUGAUUCAUGUAUUUUCCAUUGUUGCUUCUGAGGGUCUUUCACACAAGACAAAGGAAAGCUAGUGGAACGGAAAGAAGAGUUACACCUUGUGGGUGUGAGUUUGGAACCUGCUGGUCAAUGGGAAUGUCACUCCCUGGAAAUACAGGUUCAGCAUGUUUUGCACUUGUUAUUUUGUAGCUUUAAUGACUUUUGUUUUCUAAUAGGGCUAACAUCUCUAAGCUUGGUGCUUAGAGCCGCUUCAUAUUUUAAACUAGUUCCAUUUCACAGCUCUAGUUGUUCAAACCAGUUUUUACAGCCUCCUGGAUGGGUCAUCUUGACCUAAACUCUUGAACUAUUAUGUUUGAGAUGUCUUCAUACCAGAAUGUACCAAAAAGUACACAGCGUGAAGGUAAUUUAAAGCAAAUAACAAACACACAGUUUAUUUCAUGUCUUGACUUUAUGUAAGCAGAUAAGCAGAAACUUGCUUAAUUUGUCACUUUGGUUGGUGUGUCAUCUAUUUUUGACUGAAAAUUGUAGGAAGUUGUUUCUCUAAAGGAGUCCAUUUAGGGGUAGAAGAACGGGGUUAGCAGUUUUGCCUCAGAUUCAAACUGGCAUCACCAUAAACCCAGUAUGCUGGGGUGGAAUGAAAUCAGCUUUUUAUAGUUGAAAUAAAAUUUUUUAUUCACCAUUGUCUGCACAAAUCCUUGAAAAUAAAAUUUCUUUCCCUACCA